AUGUCCAUCAAUGUAUACAAGCCCCCACCAUUAAUCAUUGUUCAUUUCUAUCUCUGUGUUUGGUCUGUCCGUCUGUUACCUAUGUCUAUGUUAACGCGCCCCGAAUAUCUAUCUAUCUAUCUAUCUAUCUAUCUAUCUAUCUAUCUAUCUAUCUAUCUAUCUAUCUAUGUAUGUUCAUAUCUAUCUAUCUAUCUAUCUAUCUAUCUAUCUAUCUAUCUAUCUAUCUAUCUAUCUAUGUAUGUUCAUAUCUAUCUAUCUAUCUAUCUAUCUAUCUAUCUAUCUAUCUAUGACAGACUCUUCAUAUCUAUAGAUUUAAGCCUGUUCAAGAUCUCUCUCUCUCUCUAUCUCAAGCUGCUCAUUAUCUAUCUAUCUAUCUAUCUAUCUAUCUAUCUAUCUAUCUAUCUAUCUAUCUAUCUAUCUAUCUAUCUAUCUAAUAUUUGUUUUUCUUCAUUUUUCUCAUUUUUUGCAAUUUUAUCAUUUUCUCCUCUUCUUCCGUCUCGUUUCCUUUCUUCAGUGUCUUUCUUUUCUUUCUUUUUUACUUUUUUCUUUCUUUUCUUUUCUUUUCUUUCUUUCAUUCAUUCUUUCUUUCUUUUUAAAUUUUCUUUACUUUUUUCUUUCUAUUGUUUGUUUCUGUUUUCUUUUCUUACUUUCUUUCUUACUUUUUUGUUUCUUUCUUUUUUGUUUCUUUUUUUUCUUUCAUUUUUCUUUCUUUCAUUCCUUAUUUUCUCACUUUUUUCAUUCUUUCUUCCUUUUUUCAUUCUUUGUUUCUUCUUUUCUUUGUUUACUUGCUUCUUUAUUUGUUUCUUUUCAUUUUUCUUUCUUUAUUUCCUUUCUUUCUUUCUUUCUUUCUUUCUUUCUUUCUUUCUUUCUUUCUUUCUUUCUUUCUUUCUUUCAUCUAUUGCUUACAUUCUGUCUCUUCUCCUUCGCGUAAUCCUUCUCCCAUCUUUUAGACCUAACUUUCGUCCCUUCGAUUUUCUUUUCUCUUCAACACUUUUUCAUUUUCGUACUUUUUUGAAUCUGACCUUUUUGUACUUUUCCAGCGAUUUUUAUUUACCUCACGAACUUUGUUUUUCCUUCUUUCAAACAUUUUAUCCUUUUUUUGACUUCACGCAACGGCCUCAUCCUUCCUUCCUUUUGUCUCUUUGCACAUUUCAUUUUCUCAUCGUUUCCCGCUUAAAUUCACCUGUGUAUUCCGGCCAAUUGUUCCAUUCCAUUAUUUACAUCGUCCCCCCCCCACACACCGUACACACACUCGACUCAGAAUUGGCAAAAGAAAGAAAACGCAGCAGCGGCAGAAUUCGAUAUUCCCACCAACAUUCAGUCACUUCACUUUCCCCCCAAACACUUCUUUUCUCCCUUUUACUCAAAAUAGACACAUAUAUAGAAAUGUAUACACAUAGCAGCCUGUACAGUCAUCACGGGGCGAAGGACAAGUUAUUUUCACAAUCCUUUCUUAGUAAUCUUUCAUAA